GCUAAAGCCGAGCCGGCAGCGAGAGGCGACCGCGAGGAGGCGGCCAUGGAUGCGCUGGAGCGGGUGGUGAAGCCCAAAACCAAGAGGGCGAAGAGGUUUCUGGAGAAGAGAGAACCCAAGCUUACGGAAAACACGAAAAAUGCCAUGCUAAUAAAAGGGGGAAACGCCAACUUAACGGUGACAGAAGUGCUCAAAGACAUUUAUGCCGUGAAGAAACCUUUUGCUGUACUUUAUAAAAAGAAAAAUAUUACCAGGCCUUUUGAGGAUCAGACAUCAUUGGAAUUCUUUUCUAAGAAAUCAGAUUGUUCUCUGUUUCUGUUUGGCUCUCACAACAAGAAGAGACCUAACAACCUGAUAAUAGGUCGCAUGUUUGACUAUCAUGUCCUGGACAUGAUUGAGCUAGGCAUUGAGAAAUUUGUAUCCCUAAAAGAUGUCAAGAACGAUAAAUGUCCUGAAGGAACAAAACCUAUGCUGAUAUUCGCUGGCGACAUGUUUGACCUAAAUGAAGAAUACAGAAGACUGAAGAACCUUCUUAUUGAUUUCUUCAGAGGUCCUACUGUGCCCAGCAUUCGCCUGGCGGGUUUAGAACAUGUUCUGCAUUUCACAGCCAUAGAUGGGAAAAUUUACAUGAGAAGCUACAAGGUACUUCUGAAGAAAUCUGGCUGUAAAAUACCAAGAAUUGAACUGGAAGAUAUAGGACCUUCGUUAGAUCUGGUUAUGAGGAGAACACACUUAGCUUCAGAUGACCUUUAUAAGCUGUCUUUAAAACAACCCAAAGCCCUGAAGCCUAAGAAGAAAAAGAAUAUAUCCCAUGAUGUGUUUGGUACAACUUACGGUCGAAUCCACAUGCAAAAGCAAGAUCUUAGUAAACUGCAAACAAGAAAAAUGAAGGGGUUGAGAAAGAGGCCAGCAGAGAAGUCAGCUCAAGAUGGUGGGAUUAGCCCCAAAAAGGCAAAAUCAGCGUCAUAGUCUGGAACAGCUUUGGAAACUCUUUUGUAUCUUUGAAUUUCUUACAUAAAUUGUAAUAUAAAAAUGACAGACAUAAAACACUCA